AUGGAAAUCUUUUCUAAAGCUUACGAUGUCAAAGUCUGGAGGGUCAUCAAAAAGGGAAAUUAUCCCCUACCAGCUAGGACUCCACCACUUGCCGACCCUGAAGAUAUAGAUUCAUACUCAAAGGAGCAAUUGGAAGCGGUACAAGUGAACAAUAAGGCGAGAAAUCUGCCUCAUAACGCUAUAAGUGGUGAAGAAUACGAGAAAAUAUCAAGUUGUGACACAUCCAAAGAGAUGUGGGACAAACUUGAGGUCACCUAUGAGGGAACCAGCAAAGAAAAGGAAAAACAUAUCAACAUGCUGACCAAAGUAGUCACACUAGAAUCUCAAGACCUAAACAAAUUAUCCUAUGAUGAACUACGACGAGAACUCAUUGCUUUUGAAAGGACGCAUCUAAAAAAGACAAAUCAAGAGGAGAAAAAGAAAAUAGUUGCAUUUAAAACCUCUACUGAAAUGGUUGAGAAUGACAUUGAUGAUCCUGAAGCUCUGCAAGAAGAGAUUGCUAUGAUGUCUAGAAAUAUGGAUGGGCUGAUGAGAAGAUACAGGAACAAAAAGAAAGGAAGAUUCCCACCAAGACGAUCCAGGCAAUACAACGAACAGGAUAAGAACGAUGGAAAAUGCUGCGAAUGUGGAAAAUUUGGACAUAUUCAAGCUGAAUACCCAGAACUGAAGAGGAAGAUCUCUAGAGGAUACUGGACAGAUGAAGAUGAUUCAGAUGACGAGAAUGAAAAUUGUUUCAUGGUACGAGGUGAAACUAGUGAGGAUGGGUUUGGAAACCAAAAAGUUCUGAACCUAGAAACAUUAACCCUCCAGGACCCAAGCAAGCUUGGGUACCUAAAAGAAAGUAAUCAUCAUGUCUUGCAGGAACACCACAGAGUAAGCCGUAAAGAAAAAUGGUAUCUAAACAGUGCGUGUUCCAGUCAUAUGACAGGUGACAAUAACCUGUUCAAAGAAGUUACAAAAAUCGAUGGAGGAAGUGUUAAAUUUGGGGACGAUUCAAGGGGCAAAAUAGUUGGUACUGGAACAAUUCCCUUUAAUAACAAUUGUGACAUUACUGAAGUUUAUCUCGUCGAUGGCCUAAACUACAAUCUCUUGAGCAUAAGUCAACUAUGCAACUCAGGCUAUGAGGUAAAGUUUAAAAAAACAGGAUGUGCCCAUGAAAACGAAUCAGGUAAGAUAAAUCUUCCUGGAAAAAGGUAUGGAAAUGUUUAUAUGCUUGAUGGUUUUGAAAAGAUAGAUGGUCAUAUGUGUUUAUCCUCUAUGUUUGAUGAUCCAUGGCUAUGGCAUAAGAGACUUGGUCAUGCUAGCAUGCACUUGAUUGAAAAACUGUCCAAACAUGAAUUAGUUAUUGGUUUGCCCAAAUUGAAUUUUUCUAGAACUCAUAUUUGUGAUGCAUGUCAAAUGGGUAAGUAG